CGCAGCGCGCCAUCGCGAUACACUGCGGUGAUGAGCAAUGGGUCCGUGGUGCGGCUGCAGCUCGCCGAUCCAGGCGACGGCUACCUGCUGUGGCAGGCCAACACCGUGGCACCCCUGUUACCUCUCGACGAGCUUAUCCCCACGGAGGAGCGCGUCGCCGUCAUAAAGGUCGACGUGGCUGGCGCGCAGUUCCAGUACGAGGUGCUGCUCGGGCUGCUGCAGACCAUCGGCCGGGACCGACCGGUCAUCGGGUACGAGGAGGUUGGCGUCCGCCUCGAGAAGCAUGGCGACCCGAGCCACUACCUGAAGCAGCUCGGCUACGCCUGCCACCCGCACGGCGAGAACAAACACCAGCGGGUCUGCUUACACGCGGAGUCUACGUCCAGAUCGCCCUAGAGUCGCCCUAGAGCCUGCCUAGAGCCUAGUGAAUCACUACCCGGUACUAGUGUAUGUUCCGUGUGAGUCAGGAGAGAGAGACUACUAGUUCGCCCUACGUGCACGACGAGUUCUUCAGGGGACAGGGGCAAGGUACGCAACGAAUGGCUGGCUAUACUGCCGUACAAUGAGCGAGUGACGGAUAAAGUCGUGUGAAAGAGCUGUGAAAGCGAAAGUAUCG